AUGACGUCACAUCCGCAACAACCUUUACUCCUGUGCGGCUGCAUGGAGGGCGAAAAUUCCCAGUUAUUAGAAAAUGCGCACUCAGAGUUCAACAAACGCAACUUUAACCAAGCGGAAGAGCUGUAUACAAAGUUUAUCUCUUCCUGUUUACAGUCCAGGAAAUGUGAAGCUAACAAAUUAGCCACCGCUUAUAACAACCGUGGACAGAUAAAGUACUUCCGGGUGGAUUUUUAUGAAGCUAUGGAGGACUACACCUCUGCUAUAAAGACUGACUGCCAGUUUCCAGUUCCUUUCUACAACAGAGGACUCAUCCGAUAUAGAUUAGGCUUUUUUGAAGAUGCUGAAAGGGACUUCCAGCAAGUGCUCAAGCUCAAUCCAGAUUUUGAAGAUGCAAGAGUGAGCCUGCAGCAGACACUUCUGGACCAACAGAAGAAGAUAAACAGAGGAUACUGAUGAUUUUACUCAAGCAUCUUUGUAUAAACUCUUGAAAACCAGGUUUAUCUGAUACGUAAUGACUGUCUUUGCAGAUGCUGGAGAACAUUUGGACAGACUGUGUAGCUGUUUCAUGCAGAUACACAAUCUGCAGUUCCACAUUGAACAUUUCAAAUGUUUAAAAAAUGAAUUUUUAAUUGAAAAACAAGGUUGUCGUUUUUUCAGACUAUCCUCUUCUGCAUAUACUUAAUUUAUUAUUUAUUUCAUCAACAUUUUUGUUAUGAGGCUUGCUUUCUGUACAUUUUAUUAAAGAAAGACAGACAAAGAUGCCUUUAUUUUGAUACAAAUACACAGCCAGUUCAAACAAUAUAUGAACAGAAACUGUUUUACUAAAAAACUGACCCACAGUCAGUCACAGGAUAUGUGUGAUCCUAGACUCUAUAGUCCCCUUUUUUACAUAAAUCAUCAGUAUUAAAGGCUCCAAAAUUUGUAUAACUCGGGUAAUAGGAAUCCGGGGUGAUUAUUUUCACUGCUUCUAGUUUCAUGUAAAAAGGAAAUUGUUAUUUUCUACAUCUGUUGCUAAGCAGUCGGGAUUGUUGAAGAGUCAAGCUAAUCCAAACAGCUAUGCUUGAUUAUAUAGAAAAUUUUAUAUGACACUACAAAUUCAUCUAAGGUUAACUGCAACUUUUUAUAAUUGUGAUCAAAGUGGAUUGUAUGCACUCUACUGGAUCAAAAAAAUAUGCUUUAUUAGAUGUUGAUUAGAUUUGAAUUGAUAUGAGAAGAUGUAUUUCUGUUUAAGUAAUUUUUAAUUGAAAUUUGUUGUGUGUUAGGAUAUCAGUGUUGUGAUUUGGAAUUGCAUUAAUAAACUAUUAAAACAUGUUUCAGAAUGAUAAAAAA